CGAGCAUGAAAAUGUUUCUGCUUCCUUUGGCUUUCUCUUUCGUCGUGGUAAGCUCACCAAAUGUUAAUGCAAAUAAUUUUGACAGAAGCUACUACAACCAAGAGCCAUACAAGAAAAAGAAGGUCGCCAGUCGUGAAUGUGCUAGCUGUGAAUGUCCAAGCGGAAAGCCGGAGUGUACAUAUUACAAAGCGAAAUGUGAAUGCGUUGACGGAACUCUUUACUAUAAGGGCAGCAGCUGGUGCGCCCAGUACGAAGAAGACUGCGAUCGACCUGAUUGGCACAAGCACUUUGCCCACCACAGCGGCUGCCUGCUAUGUGACUGCGAUAAGUCCAGCUGCAAUGUUGGAGCUUUGUGCCAUUGCAAUGAUGGCGUUGUGUAUAAGGGCAGUGGCAUGGGAUGUGUUCGUAUUCGGCAAGAUUGUUACCUAAAGCAUCGAAGGAAAAGCCAGUUUCGGCACAAGCGCUUUUCGAGCCGAAGCGGCUGCCUCCGAUGUGACUGCAAUAAGCCAAGCUGCAAUGUUGGAGGUUUGUGCCACUGCAAAGAUGGCGUUGUGUAUCUCAAGGAGGAUGACAUGGAAUGUGUUCGCUACCGGGAAGAAUGUUACCUAUAG